AUGGACAGCACACCUCUCCCACUCCCAACAGAUGUAUCGUCCUUGCAAGCCCUCGCCCAAUCCUUCGCGAUGAUCAUCGUCUCCGAAAUUGGCGACAAAACGUUCCUCAUCGCUGCCAUCCUCGCGAUGCGCCACCCACGCAUGCCCGUUUUCCUCGGCGCGUUCCUCUCGCUGCUCCUCAUUGGGCGGCCAGCAGCGUUGUUUGGCGUGUUUGGUGUCAAGAUGUGGCAGGAGGCAAGGGCGAUGGAGGGUGGCGGGCAGGGUAAGAUUGAAGAGGAGAUGCGCGAGGCAGAGGAAGAGAUCGAGGACGACGAGCGCGAGCAUGAAGGUACAGCAAAGAGUGCCGACAUACCACUGGAGAGCAUGGAGGAGGGACGGCGGAGCCAAGACACCGUACCUUCGUCUCCAUCACCAUCAUCAAAAAAGCCCAAAUCAUCAUUGGCCGAGGGCGCACGGAACUUUUGCAGUCUGUUCCUCGGACCUGUGUUUGUCCAGGCCUUUGUGCUCACCUUCCUCGGCGAGUGGGGCGAUCGCAGCCAGAUUGCUACCAUCGCGCUCGGCGCGGCGCACCUAGCUAAACAAAUGCAGAAUGUGUACCUUGUGACUCUCGGCACAGUUGUGGGCCACUCAUGUUGUACCGCUCUGGCGGUCAUUGGAGGAAGAUAUGUGAGCACCAAAAUCUCUGUCAAACAUGUCACCUACGGUGGCUCACUCCUCUUCCUCCUCUUCGGUGCCGUGUACCUCUACGAAGGCUUCGUCGCGUCAGCCCCAUCCGACAUCGCCAUGGCAAUUCCUAUGCCUGUCGAUGUCAACAUAGACGAUAUUGAUAUCAAACCGUCGUAA